CCCAUCCGCCCAUCCACCUAUCCAUCCAGAUUCUACCCUGGCUGAGCUAGUCAUCAUUUUAGUCAUAGAUACAAAAACUAACAGGACUUUGUCCAUUUUCUUAGGAGUCCUCAGUCCAGGUAGAAAAGUAGUAGUGUCAGGUGAUCUCAGUGCGUCAGGGAGCCUCCGAGGCCAUCUACCAAUUCUGGAUCAUUGCCAUUUUCUGCAAGAAGAGCAGAACAUGGCUGAGUUGAAGGCCAGGCUUCCCGAGAGGAGUCAGAACCAGCCUUGGUUCAGGUUAGGUGCUCUUGAUAGCAGCCUGAUGCUGCCUAGCUUUUCCUUUCCAACAUAUGUUCUUUUUCUGAGUAUAUUUUCCCUGCAAAGGGAAUUUAUAAAAAGCAAUCCUAAUUUUUUCCUUGGUUAAAACUAUUUAAAAAGGAAAGAAACACACACACAUACAUGCUCAUGCACAACCAUUCCAGAAGUAAAUGCUGAAAUUUGUUUUUAACUUUUUUCUCUCUUCCCUGAAAAGUGAAGAUUCCUCCUCAGAACCCCACCAUACUGGUUUGCCUUCUCUUCUCUCCAGUGAACUUCUUUGUGUGGCUGCAGCUUUCUGGAAAUCUGUUUCAAACUCUAAAAAGCAGCUGGAACACACUUGAGACGUUCAGCACCAACUACAAAGUGAUGGCAUUGACUGUGCAAAACAGAUGCUGUUUGCAUUCAAAUAAAAGACAAACAUAAUAUUUGCAUUAAUACAGAGUCUUUGCAAAUGUAUUUGCAUAAAACGGUUUCUCCUUUUCUAAGAGCUGGUUACUUUUAACUAAUUUCUGAGUGCAGCAAAGGAUAAGCAAUCUUUUGCUGAUUAUUUGUCAUGAAGAGUUGCUUUUGCACAAGCAUAGCUGAUUUCAAAGAAGGGCUCUCUGACAUGCAAAUGUGAUGUCAAGUGGAGCAUGGUGAGAAUAGCCCAUGUGCACCGCCAUGAUUACUGUCGGUCGUUUUCUUGGUAUCCUUUUGUGUUUAAAAGCAGGAUUGAUGAGCUGUUGCAGUGGUACUAAACUCAACUUCAGGUCUUACACAGAGUUACUCAAACCAUGCUGUAUUUCAGCGAUCUCUUAGAAUGAAAAGAAGCUAAAUGGCUGGCACAUUGGAUGCUCUGGUACUUUGGAGUGCACUUUCAAGGACAGCUAUACUUCUUUUUUCAUUCCCAUGGAGAUGUAAGAGUAAAGAUAAAGAAGUAAGAACAAUGGUCUCUUGGAAGUACAGCCCAAAAAUCAAUUUCAUAAGUCCUCUGUAAUUAUUUUAAGUGUGAGUCACCAGUUUGGCUGAGUGUCCUAUGUGUCAAGGUAAAGACAGAAGCUUGUUCAUUUUUAGGAUUUACAUUGCUCCUAAGAGGAAACCAACCCAGCUUUUGAAUGGGGACUUUUUUUUUUUUUUUAUCGUGUCCCGUAUUAAAAAAAAUAACUUCCGCAUCAUGACCCAGGACACACACAGGUGAAACAAAAGUUACAGGAAACAGUAUUACACAUAAUGAAAGUGGUCUCAGUCACUGUGUGAAACUUUCGGUUUAACUUAGUAGUCAAUGCUUCUUUAUAUUUACUGACAUGUUUUCUAGUGUUUAGGACACCAGUGCUUCUGGCAUCUUAUUCUUUCACUUUGGACAUGAUUUCCUUAUUUCUGAAAUAACCCUUUAGUUGUUUUUUCAGUAUGAUAAACACUCAAAUUUUGUUUGUCUGAAAAUGGCCUCCCCCCACACCCCAUUACUUGAAUGAUAGUUUAGCUGGGUAUAGAAUCAUAGGAUGCCAUGUAUUUUAGCAGCCCAGUCCCAGUGCGGUCUUAGCAGUUGAGGAUAUUUUAUCACCUUCUGGCUUUUCUUUGUUGUUGUUGCUGUCCAGGACUUAGCUCCCAGUCAAUUGUUGUUUCCUCUUAGGUAAUCUGUCUUGUCUUUCUUGGUGGUUUUAAGAUUCCCCACCCCCACCACGUGGUGUUCUGGUGUUCCGCUGUGAUGUGUUCUGCUAUGAUAUGCUGUGGUGUGCAUUUGUACUUUUUAUUUUGCUUGGGACUUAACAUGCUUUUUAAAUCCAAGGACUCUUGUCUUGCUGGAAUUCUGGAGUAUUCUUGUCCCUUAUCCCUUAGAAUACCUCUUCUGCCUUUUCUCUGUUCUUUACUUCAGGAAUUCAUACUAGAUCUGUGUUUACAGUCUUCUUUUAUCUGCUCUCAGUCCUCUAUCUUUUCUCUCUUAUCUUUUUGUGUUGCAUUCUGGUUUCUUAUUUAGCUCUAUCACCAGUUUUGUAUUUGUCUUUAGCUAUUUUCAGUAGCUUUAUUUUUCAAUUCUAGAAAAUCAUUUUUUUAACUUUCUUUUUCUUUUUCCAGAGUUCCUUUCUUUUAUUAUAGGUUCUUCCUUCAUUUCACUUCCUACUUUAAAAAAAAAAGCAUGUUUUAUAGUCUUUUCUAUAUUAUUUUAUUAUUUGGAGUCAUUUCUGUUGUGUUUUGCUGACUCUUGCAUGGUGGAUUGUUUCCAUGUGUCAUUUUUAAUUUUUAUUGUAAACUUCUCUUCAGCAGGCAAUUCUCUUCCCCCUCUCUCCCUGCCUUCCUUUUUUCCUUCCUUCCUCUCUAUUCCUCCAUUCCUUUCCUUCCUUUCUUUCUUCCAUGGGUGUUUCUUUAUACCCUGGGUUGUUGCUAUUCCUAGGGCCCCAGUGUUUCGCAAGUUCUGAACAAGUUUCUAUCUUAAUUUCUAAACCUGGGAUUCCUGCACUGCUGAAGCAGCCUGAACUUGGAGGCCACACCCACAUAGACACAGCCUUAGGGUUUCAUUCUCUCAAACUAGAUGCUUCCCAGCAACCCUCCUCUCCACUUCUCUGCCUGGUGGGUAGCAUUUUCUAAUGCCCUUUCCAUAGACUCAGUAGUCCUUGAGAGUUUUGUCCUUAUCCAGGAGUCUCAGUUCCAGCUCUGUCUAGGGGAGGCUUAUGGCCACCUUUCCUGCCCACCUGGAUGUUCAAGUCUCCCCAGGUCCCUCUGGCGUGUGUCCUGUGACUCUGAGAUAGGUGCUGAAGCUUGGGGUACCUGCUUAGAAUGCCCCUCUUUUCUUUCUCCUUGUAAGUGGGGUCUUCUCUGUCUGUAUUUCGAUCUCAACUCUAUAUGAAAUUGGGGUGGGACAAUAUUCUAUAUUCUAAUCAUUGUUUCUGUAUUCUUAUGGGGGAGGUGCAGGAGGUCCUUGCUGAUUCAGUCCAACAAUUUCAGGAACCUAAAAUUUUGACACUGAACUUUGUUUACAGCUUGUCAUGAAUUGAAUUGUAUCCUGCAAAAAUGUGUCAACUUGGUUAGGCCAUGUUUCCCAGUAUUGUGUGGUUGUCCUCCAUUUUGUGAUUGUAAUUUUUAUGUUACAGAGGUGCGAUUGGAACACUCUUACCCAGGUCACAUCCCUGAUCCAAUGUAAAGGGAGUUUCCCUGGGUUGUGGCCUAUAUCACCUUUAUCUUUCAAGAGAUAAAAAGAAAAGGGAAACAAGCAGAGAUGGGGGCCUCAUGCCACCAAGAAAGCAGUGCCAGGAACAGAGUGCAUCCUUUGGACCCAGGGUCUCUGCAUGGAGAAGCUCCUAGUCCAGGGGAAGAUUGAUGAGAGGGACCUUCCUCCAGAGCUGACAGAAAGCCUUCUCUUGGAGCUGACGCCCUAAAUUUGGACUUUCAGCCUACUUUUUUUUUUUUUUUAAUAAUUUUUAUUGUGCUUCAAGUGGAAGUUUACAAAUCAAGUCAGUCUGUCACAUAUAAGCUUAUAUAAACCUUACUCUGUACUCCCACUUACUCUCCCCCUAAUGAGUCAGCCUGCUCCCUCCUUCCAGUCUCUCCUUUCGUGACGAUUUUGCCAGUUUCUAACCCUCGCUACCCUCCUAUCUCCCCUCCAGACAGGAGAUGACAACACAGUCUCAAGUGUCCACCUCAUAUAAGUAGCUCAGUCUUCAUCAGCAUCUCUCUCCCACCCAUUUUCCAGUCCCUUUCCUGUCUGAUGAGUUGUCUUCGGGAAUGGUUCCUGUCCUGGGCCAACAGAAGGUUUGGGGACCAUGACCGCCGGGAUUCCUCUAGUCUCAGUCAGACCAUUAAGUAUGGUCUUUUUAUGAGAAUUUGGGGUCUGCCUCCCACUGUUCUCCUGCUCCCUCAGGGGUUCUCUGUUGUGCUCCCUGUCAGCCUACUUUUUACUGUGAAGAAAUACAUUUCUCUUUGUUAAAGCCAUCCACUUGUGGUCUUUCUGCUACAGCAAUACUAGGUGUCUAAGACACUGCUCAAAUCUGUAUCUUGGACAUUAGCAGGCUCUGUGUUUUGCAAAGUAUGACAUCGAUUUUCCUCCAGAUGUCCCUGCUGAUUCAGGGUGUCAGCAUAAGGAUUACAGAUUCGGCCACUGUUGGCGUCCAUGUUCUCUUUCCUUGUAGUUGAGCUAAAAGUUCCCCUUCUUUCUAAUCACAUCUGUGGAUUUUUAAUGUCAGAUCAAUUGUAAUGCAGUAUACAGUAUACAACCAAACUGUGCUCAUUUUUAUCACAGCUUCCUUUCAUGACUAAGCAAUUGGACACAAUCUGUCUACAGAGGUUUAACACCAAAGAACUUGACUUUACAUUUUUCACAAAGGCUGGCUGCUCUAUUUUGUUUUUGUGUGAUUUCUACAAAUUUCCCUUGCCCACGAGUGUACGCGUUGCCAGCAGGCUUAUAUGGUGGCACAUGCUUUAUUAUCCAAGUUGCAUAGUGAAUAAUAUUAAAUGAGUCAGCUCCGGGAAGUACAAUGGCUUCUGGGCAAUGAAGGUUCGUCAUGAACUGAGUGUAGUCCGUAAAGUAGGCGCAGCUUGGGAUGGAGAUGUGUGUCAGGCUCCUGCUGUGCUCAGUGCACUGCCCUGGGCUCGGGGAGCCUGAGGUACAGCCGGGUGGGGGCUCAGCCAUCUUGGCCAGUCGGCUCUCCAUCUGAACCAGGGCAAGUGAAGCAUGGCUGGUGGUCUGUGUAUAGAGAGUGAUCUGAAUAGUGUGUGUGUGUGUGUGUGUGUGUGUGAGAGAGGGGGGGGGGAGGGUGAGAAGAGAAAUGGUUUUAUUACUACUUUUCUGAAUUCAAAUUGAACUCCCUUACAAAAAGUAGAACACAGUUCAGAGAAGAGAUGGAAUUAUAGUCUUAAAAUUUUUUGGUAUUCCUGGUCUUAGAACUACGAAGCUUUCAGAAUUUGGAAAAGAUUAUUUUAAAAACUGUUUUUAACGUGCUGGUUAUUUGGAGACAGUCUGCUGCUGGCUGGUUUGUUGUGGAGGUGGAGAGAGGAAAGGAGGCAGACCCACCGUCCGAGAUGAGGGUGGGCAGUGGGGUAUGCUAGGGACACAACCUUGUCCUUCUGCCCUUUCCCUGGUGGCUUUUAAUCUCCUCUUCCUUAGCUUUCUGCUAACACCUGGGGAAUACUGAUUGGUGGACACCUGCUGAUGGAGUUACAGUCAGAGGACUCACCCCACAGCAUUCUUUCCCUGUGACCUUUGUGAGCACAAACUCUGGGCUGGGCGUCAGGCCAGGCGGCCCCGUCUGAUCCCUACCACGUGGACAGCAUCGUGUCACCCAUUUAUAAUUGCGGAAAACGAGGCCCAAACUGGCCAAGUCUUGUGUGUGAGGUCAUGGGGGCUUUGAAGCGAGGCGGUCAGGUCCCCAAGCUCACAGCCAGAACCUCCGUGCCACCUGCCGCCUGGGCCCUGACCUGCUCGGUCAAGGACGAAAUCCACAUUCUGUCAGUGACGCUUGGCAUAAUUCACGUCUAACAGCAAAUUGCUUCUGGUGUGGUAGCUCUAUUUUUAGAAGACAAAAAUAGAGCAGGAUACAGUGUAAUCACGAUAUUUUUAGAGGCUGAAAUUUGUGGUGUGUGAAAACGAUUAUAAAAGGAAUAAUGACAAGGUUCUGCUAAUCCUGAUUUUGGAGAAGUUGGGAUUUGUAGCAUGUAUGCACACUGCGUGUAACAGAUACGCAGUGUGAUUUCUACAGGUUGUUCACCAGCUUCUCACAGGACCCAGAAAAGCGAGUUUGUUGGAGGGAGGGGGUGUGCUGGGGUAUCCUUGAAGUAAAUAAUAGCGACGUAAUUAUCUUGAACACACAGUUGUACCUUUGAGUCAUGGGCAGGCUCGUUCAGUGGAAGAGCGAGGGUACAAACAGGUAAACUUGAGGCUGUAGGCAGGAGGCAGGCUGAGGUGCAGCGUGGUCCCAGCUGCCCAGAGCUUCCCACGGGAGGAGAGAUCCUUACACAGGUCAGCAGAGAUGCUAGCUGCUGUGCGUUUGGGGGAUAUGAUCUGUGUGUCUCCCCCCCAACCCCUUUUUUUUUUAACAUAAAAUUAUGUUUUAAAAUUUUAUUUUAAAUAAAUAUAAUUUUUAAAUGAUAUUAAAAAAUGAAGAUAAUAAUACCUAUUACUUAGAUGGUUAAAAAAUACGAGACUAAGGGCAGCGUCUUUUAGGGUUCAGGCCCAGGCUCUCCUAUUGUCGGAUCCUUGUCAUUGUACAGUGGCCCUCAGCUGCAGGCCACAUCCUGGCACCCCCUGAGGGAGUGCAGUCCCCCAGGACCAGGGCCUGCAAGGGCCUUUAGGAGCCUUCCUUCAUGUUUGUUGGCUGCAUUCGUGAGUUGAUACGGUUCUUGGGGUGAGAUGUGGCGGAGGGAAUUGAGGGCCUGGUGGUCUGCAGAGAGCAGGGCAGCCCUUUCCUGCACCCCAGAUCCCAAUCCCAGACCUGGUGGCUCUAUCAGUGAGAGAACCCUGUCCUCUUCCCUUUGCCACGGACUGUGGUGGCAGGAAGAUGCUAGAAUAUGGCAGUAUGUGAGCCAGGCUGUGGGACACACGUUCCCACACAGCCCUGGGGCGGUGACUAGGGCACGCAGCCAUGGAGAGAAAGCCCCUUGUCUGCACCCCAGGGCUGGACCUCCUGAACCCAUAGUCCCAGAAAAGCUGUGCCUUCAAAGAAGGGUGGCUGUCAGGCGUCACCCAUGGUGAACUUGAAAAUCAUUGUGACUUCAGGGUGCUUACAUACGUGGCCUGCAGCCGGGGAAGAGCUUGUGCUCUGUCCCACGAGGAGGCUUUAGUGGCCCGAGGCCUCAAGUGACCUGUGGGGCAGUAUGGCAGACUGCAGCUGGACUGAGCCUGCCGAGUGGCGGGAGGGCUGGUCUGUACCAUGUGACACUGUGUCUGGAUACACCCAUCCGGGAGGUGGCCCUGACUGCCUGCUGCUCAUCGUCUGUUCUCUGCUGGCUUCGGGUGGUGGUCUAGAGCCUCUCAGAAGCCGCCUCUGGUGUUGGGGACAUGGGUGCUGAGGAUGAAAUGGUGCUGUUACUUACAUGUCUCCUCUGCAGCCCUGGACGGCGGACAUUGUCCCCUUGUCGUUCUCAGUGCCGAGUACAAUGCCUAGAGCAUACUCGGCUCCUGAUAAAUGUUUGUGGGAUAAAUGACACCAGACAGUGUUAUCAUAUUCACUGGGAGACAUGUAUGUGUAAUGCCAAGAAUCACGGAGAAGCCCACCGCCCACAUAUUUCCCAGCCUUAAAAGGCUGCAGAGGCUGCAGGUACUAUGAUGGGGACGCUUUCCUCAGUGACAGGAAAAGUCCCAGAGCAGGGAGAUAUUCUGAAACAGAGAGAGUUCAUGGCUAAUGUGUUUCAGGAUGAGAAGAGGAAUCUUUGUGCCGUGAGGAGAAUGAAAAACAGCGUGAAGCCCCCAGUGAGAUAAACCGGGCUCGUUUUCUUGCUUGUGCUAGUUUUAUGCACAGCCUUUCCUGGCACAGCGUUUCUGGGUGGGGUAUGUACCAUCUAGUAUUCAGCUUUUCUUUUUUUUUUUCCUUUAGCAGCUCAGCUAGAGAGAUUGAUAAAUAUUUCAGAAGGCCAGAGCCCCACCCGAGAUGAAUGGGUAUUCGGAGUGUGGGGCUUAGCAGCAAGGAAGACUGUUGUUUCCGGACCUGUUAAUUUCUAAACUGGCAAAACACAAGAAAGUUGCUUGGUACCGUUUGCUCUUUAGAACGGCUCGUGGGCCUCUUCGAGUUCAUGGGUUCAUGUCAGUACCCUCCAUGCCCCCACCUGGCAUAGCAGCACCCACCAGCAAACCCAUCCUAGGAAGCAGCAGCACCUCACAACACCCCACACAUAAUCCCCCGGAGCGUCCUGGUGGAUUCACCUUCUGAAUCGAUCCUACCUCUGCCUGCUUCUUAACGUGCUCCGUGAAGCCACCCUGGUCCCAGGCCUGGGCUCUGAAACAGCCCCUCACUCUCUCGCCUGCUCCAUCUCCCCUUCCACUGCUCCUGCCCGGGGUGGAUACUCUACAUGGACCUGAAUGAGCCCUUUAAAGCAUAGGUCAGAGCAGGAGGUCCUUGCCGAGGCCCCGGGACCUGUGGUCUGGCCCCAUCGGCUUCGCCCUGCCCCCUGGUUACUCAGCCGCUGCCCCACUGGGACCUACCGGGGGUCCCGGCUCACAGCCUUUACUGGCCCCCUCACCUAGAUGCUCCUUCUUGGGAUACUUUACCUGGCUCAUUCUCGCUUGCCAUCCAGGUUUCUGCCCAGAUGCCACUCCUCACUUUGUCUCUUGGGUCACUUUGUCUAAAAGGUAGCCUCCCAGUGGCAUUCUGCCCUCACAGUUCUUAUCCCCAGCACGUGGUACCAUGCAGUCCUUUAGUUAGAUGUCGUCUCUUCUUCCCUGGUGGAAGCUUGGGGGGCGGGCCCUGUCGUGUUCACUGCCACAUCCCUGGAAUCUACAGCAGUCAUUCAGUAACUAGGUCAGUGAGCUUUGGUGAAUGAGUGAAUGAAUGAAUGAGUGAAGCGAUGUGGACCGUGUGAUUGUGUGCAGAGGCAGCAUGGCAUGAGGGGUGGGUUUGGGCUUGGAAGCCAGCCUUGACCUUGGUGGAGUCAUUCACAGUCUCCAUGGCUUACUUUAUCUCUAAAAUGGGACGUUACCAGUACCUGUGCCCUCUGUUCCCCUCGUGAGGACUCCAUGAGCUAACGAAGUGCUCAGCCAAGUGCCUCACCCAUCAUAAGUGCCCGGUAAGAGUUAGCUGUUUAUAUUUCUGAUUUGGAAUGCAAGCUUUUUUGUUCAGUUUACCAGCAACUAGCAAGGAUAAUAGUUCAGAAAAAUGAAGUACUUUUAGUAAAUUGAAGCAAAUAAUAUCCUAAAGUGUGAACGGAGAAAGCCAUUCCACCCAAGGGGCCUUAAAGCACCAUCCUGAAAGCAACUUAGCAGCCAUUUGAUGGGUGAGGCCCCGAAGCCAGUGUGGUCCUUGAGCUGCAGCUGCUCUCUGGGGUGCAACCCCUGUGAGCAGAGAAUCCGGGCACCAUGUGGGCGGAUCAUUAGCAGAGCCUGGUGGUUCUGCGUCAGCCGCACCUCCUCCGUCUCCUUGUCCUUGACAUCUGACCAUGGAUGGUCACUGAUGAGUAAGGAGGUGAAGACUUCUACUGCUCUGCAGAGACUAAGAAAUGCUGCUUUUGAGACAGUGUCUUAGUUCUCUAGUGCUGCUAUAAAAGAAACACCAAAAGUGGGUGGCUUUAACAAACAUUUAUUUUCUCAUAGUUCAGGAGGCUAGAAGUCCAAAUUCAGGGUGCCAGUUCUAGGGGAAGGCUUUCUGUCUCUGUCGGCUCUGGAAGAAGUCCUUUCCUUGUCUCUUCUGGGCUUCUGCUCCUGGGCGGUGUUCAUGUGGCUUUGCAGGUCUCUUACCCAUCUCUGCUUGCCAAAUCUUCUCUUUUUAUCUCUUAUAAGAGAUUAACUCAAGACACACCCUACACCAAUUCUGCCUUAUUAACAUAACAGAAAACUCAUUCCCAAAUGGGAUUAUAGCCACGGGCGUUAAAAAAAAAAAAACACACAAAAAAAACUAAUCUCUUUGCCAGCAAGUCAAUUCCGACUCAUAGUGACCCUGUAGAGGUUAGAAUUUACAACACCUAAUUUUGGGGGACGCAAUUCAAUCCAUAACAUUCCACCCUUUGGGUCCCCAAAAUCGUGUCCUUGACCCAUACAAAGCACAUUUACCCCAUGAAAUCAUCCCAAGUCUUAGAUCAACUCCAAGUCCAAAAUCUAAUCUUCUGAAUCGUCUAAUUCAAGUGUGGGUGAGAUUUUAGGCAUAUUCCAUCCUGGGGCAAAAUUCCUGUUCAUCUGUGAACCUGUGAAAUCUAUACUAAAGUUAUCUAUUUCCAAAGUACAAUGGUGGAACAGGCACGAAAUAAGUAUUUCCAUUAAAAAUGGGAGAAAUUGGAGUAAAAGAAGGGGUAACAGGCACCAAGCAAGUCCAAAACCCAGCAAAACAGUUUACAUUAGCUCUCAAGGCUUUGGAAACCCUGGUGGUGUGGUGGUUAAGUGCUACAGCUGCUAACCAAGAGGUCAGCAGUUCGAAUCUACCUGGCACUCCUUGGAAACUCUAUGGGGCAGUUCUACUCUGUCCUAUAGGUUCGCUAUGAGUCAGAAUUGACUCGACGGCAGUGGGUUUGGGUUUUUUUUUUUUUUUUUUGGCUCAAGACUUAAAAAUAAUCCUUUUUUCUUUGGGACCACCUGAGCAGGGGUCCUGCCCUCCACACCCUGGGUGUUGGCCAUGCUUUCUGGAUUUUGGGUGGAGGUCCCUUGGCCCUGGGCUUCAGCUAUGCCUUCUAGGCCCACUGGGAUAACACCUCUGCUCCUUCGGUUUUGGGCAGCCCCGUUCACCUAGACCAUUUGAGUGGCAACCCCGCCCCCCUCAGCCCUGGCAUGCCCCAUCGUUCUACCCCAUGAGUAGCACAGCCCCACGCUCUGAAACUGAGUUGGUAAAGAUCUGACUCUUUGAAACCUAGGAGGUUGUGACCCUACCCUUUAAGAUCUAGGAGGCCGUGGCCCCACCCUUUGAAGCCAAGAAGGUCCUGCUUCCUGUGCUCCUUCCAACAGUUCUGCUAAUCUCCGAGCUGCUCCAGGGAUGAUUCUUUUCUUAAAGGACAACAGAUAUAGCUCCUUUUGCCCUCUUUCCUGCCUGUAGAAUUUCAAGAGGCAUGCAGUGUUCUUUCCCUCUCCCUUUCAGUCUAAGCUGAUGGGUUUUCUGUUGUUAUAGUCAGUUAGCUCCAUCAGUGACAGGCUUAGUCUCUUUAACAAAAGAUUGUAUAGCCACUUUCUUGGUGAAUAUUGUAGGACACAUAUCCUAGAAGAGAGCUUUUCAAGUCUUUUUAGUUUUUGUCUUCAUUUUGCACAGUUCAUCCUUAAGUCCAUCUCUUUCCUCUCACAUUUUAAUAUAACUAGCAAGGAGAAACCACGCAGCCCCUUUAAGAUCUUGCGUAGAAAUCGCCUCAGCCAGAUAUCCAAGUUCAUCACUUAAAAGUUGUACCUUCACCAAACAUUUGAACAUAAUUCAGACAAGUUCUUUGCCACUGCAUAAAAAGCAUAACCCUUCCUCCAUUGUCCAAUCACAGGCUCAUCAUUUUCUGUCAAAGCCUCAUCAGAAGCGUGUUUAAUGUCCACAUUUCUAGCAACAUUCUGUUGCUGGCACCAUAUGUAUUCUCUGGGGGGAUGGAGACUUUCUCUAGAGCUCUCCUCACUUCUUUCUGGGCCCUUACCUGAAUCACCUUUGAUGUCCAUAAUUCCAGGAAUAGUCUCUUCAAGGCAAUCUAGGCUUUUACUGUUAGGCACCUUAAAACUCUCCCAGCCUCUACCCAUUACCCAAAACCACUUCCACAUUUUAGGUAUCUGUUAGAGCAGCACCUCCUCCUUCUGGUACCGAAUUCUGCCUCAGUUAUCUGGUGCUGCAGUAGCAGAAACACCACAUGUGGGUGGCUUUCACAAACAGAAAUUAUUCUCUCACAGUUUAGGAGGCUAGAAGUCUGAAUUCAGGGUGCCAGCUCCGUGGGAAGGCUUUCUGUCUGUUGGCUCUGGAGGAAGGUCCUUGUUUCUUCUGAGCAUCUGCUCCUGGGUGAUCUUCUUAUGGCUUGGCGUCUCUCUUCCUUGCAUCUCUGCUUGUUAAUCUGCUCUUUUUAUCUGUUAAAAGAAAUUAACUCAAGACACACCCUACACUAGUCUUGCCUCGUUAACAUAAUAGAGAACUCAUUCCCAAAUGGGAUUAUAGUCAAAGGCAAAGAGUUUAGGAUUUACAACACGUGCUUUGGUGGGACACAGUUCAAUCCCUAGUAGGUGGGUUGGGCCUGGGAGCUGGUUUCCAUCCUCUCCUGGGCCCCUCGGUGGCACUGCCUUAGUGCCCUCCAGCCACAAAGCUCACGUGCCUCUGCAGGCUUUUUCCGAACCGGCCAUUGUGGUUUUUUGUUAUGAGUUAGUGACUCAUUUCUCAUGAGCUGGUUAAUAUGUACCUAUUUCCCGGCUUCCUGUCACUUAACCACAGACACCUUUUAGCUAAUUUUUAAUACUCAGCAACGUGGACCGUGGGUUGGAGGAUGACUUGUCCCUAUGGUGGUUCCAGCUGCUGACUCACAUGUUUGGGAGAAGCUUUGGCCCUGAGCAGCUGUCGUGGCAGUGGCUAGGAUACACAUCCUGCGCAGGGGCGGGUUAAACCAGGAAGCAGGGUACGCAGGGGCUUACCUGUGCUUACCUACUAAUCUGUAGUGCACGAUUUCACCUGUUUUCACCAUAUCAAAACAGGUGAGGUUGCCCACUAGAGGUAAGUAAGUAAGCACGAGUAAGCCUAUGAGACUCUUGUUUACUGGGGACUCUGUCCCUGGUCUUGGGUGUAGCUGUGGCUGUGGCCACUGUCACGGGGUGCAGGUAAAGUGGGAGGAUCAGAUGGAAUCUCGCUCGACCAGGGAUUCUGCUCCACUUUCUAGAUAUCUACUUCCUUGACUCCUUUUGUCAGCCCUGGAGGUCUGCAGGACGGAGGACAACACUGAGCCUGGGAAUCCAAGUAACAUGUGCACUGCUGACGUGGUGCUCACAUUGGAGCCAGGUGUGUCCUGAAAUCCCACGGGGCCACAAGGCCUCCAGGACACAGCCUCCUCCACAUGGGGCUGGUCCUGCCAAGACGGACUUUCUGGCCGGGACCAGCCGGUGGAGCUGCUCAGCCCUGCCCGUGUGAACCACAUGCCCAGCACAGUGGACGCAGUCACAGCACUGCCCCUGCAAGUCGCUCCCACGGCUGUGCCCAUGGACCUGCGCCUGGACCCACCGUUCCCGCUGCCCGUGGCGGAGCCUGCCCUGCGCGAGCAGCAGCUGCAGCAGGAGCUCCUGGCCCUGAAGCAGAAGCAGCAGCUCCAGAGGCAGAUCCUCAUCGCCGAGUUCCAGCGGCAGCAUGAGCAGCUGUCCCGGCAGCACGAGGCUCAGCUCCACGAGCAUGUCAAGCAGCAGCAGGAGAUGCUGGCCCUGAAGCACCAGCAGGAGCUGCUGGAACACCAGCGGAAGCUGGAGCGGCACCGCCAAGAGCAGGAGCUGGAGAAGCAGCACCGGGAGCAGAAGCUGCAGCAGCUCAAGAACAAGGAGAAGGGCAAGGAGAGUGCAGUGGCCAGCACGGAAGUGAAGAUGAAGCUACAGGAGUUUGUCCUGAACAAGAAGAAGGCGCUGGCCCACCGCAGCCUGAACCACUGCAUCUCCAGUGACCCUCGCUACUGGUACGGGAAAACACAGCACAGCUCCCUCGACCAGAGCUCGCCCCCCCAGAGCGGGGUGUCAGCCUCCUACAACCACCCGGUCCUGGGCAUGUACGACGCCAAAGACGACUUUCCGCUCAGGAAAACAGCUUCUGAGCCCAACCUGAAGUUACGGUCCAGGCUAAAGCAGAAAGUGGCUGAGAGACGGAGCAGCCCCCUGUUGCGCAGAAAAGAUGGGCCAGUGGUCACCGCUCUGAAAAAGCGCCCAUUGGAUGUCACAGACUCCGCGUGCAGCAGUGCCCCGGGCUCCGGGCCCAGCUCACCCAACAACAGCUCCAGCAACGUCAGCUCGGAGAACGGCAUCACGCCGGCGGUCCCCAGCAUCCCGGCCGAGACCACCCUGGCGCACAGACUGGUGGCCCGCGAGGUGACACAGCUCCCUCUCUACACAUCACCUUCCUUGCCCAACAUCACCCUGGGACUUCCUGCCACUGGCCCUUCUGCUGGGGCGGCCGGCCAGCAGGAUGCUGAGCGCCUUGCUCUCCCAGCGCUCCAGCAGCGGAUCCCCCUCUUCCCUGGCACCCACCUCGCCCCCUACCUGAGUGCUGCGCCCCUGGAGCGGGACGGCGGGGCCGCACACAACCCUCUCCUGCAGCACCUGGUCUUACUGGAGCAGCCGCCGCCACAGACGCCCUUGGUCGCAGACUGGUAUCUUUCAGGCCUGGGCACGCUGCCCCUCCACGCCCAGUCCCUGGUCGGUGCAGACCGGGUGUCCCCGUCGGUGCACAAGCUGCGGCAGCACCGCCCGCUGGGGCGCACGCAGUCAGCACCGCUGCCCCAGAACGCCCAGGCCCUGCAGCACCUGGUCAUCCAGCAACAGCACCAGCAGUUCCUGGAGAAGCACAAGCAGCAGUUCCAGCAGCAGCAGCUGCACGUGAGCAAGAUCAUCUCCAAGCCGAGCGAGCCAACCCGGCAGCCCGAGAGCCACCCCGAGGAGACAGAGGAGGAGCUCCGGGAGCACCAGGCCUUGCUGGAGGAGCCCUGCCUGGACCGGCUGCCAGGCCAGAAGGGGGUGCACACGCUGGCCGGCGUGCAGGUGAAGCAGGAGCCCGUGGAGAGCGACGAGGAGGAGACAGAGGCUGCCCGGGAGGCCGAGCCAGGUCAGCGCCAGGCCACCGAGCAGGAGCUGCUCUUCAGACAGCAAGCCCUCCUCCUGGAGCAGCAGAGGAUCCACCAGCUUAGGAACUACCAGGCGUCCAUGGAGGCGGCUGGCAUCCCUGUGUCCUUCGGUGGCCACCGGCCCCUGUCCCGGGCGCAGUCCUCCCCGGCGUCUGCCACCUUCCCCAUGUCUGUGCAGGAGCCCCCCGCCAAGCCGCGCUUCACGACAGGCCUCGUGUACGACACGCUGAUGUUGAAGCACCAGUGCACCUGCGGGAACACCAACAGCCAUCCCGAGCACGCCGGCCGCAUCCAGAGCAUCUGGUCACGUCUGCAGGAGACCGGCCUCCGCAGCCAGUGUGAGUGCAUCCGUGGCCGCAAGGCCACGCUGGAGGAGCUGCAGACGGUGCACUCAGAGGCCCACGCGCUGCUUUACGGCACCAAUCCCCUCAACCGCCAGAAACUGGACAGUAAGAAACUUCUAGGCUCCCUCACCUCUGUGUUUGUGCGGCUCCCCUGUGGUGGUGUUGGGGUGGACAGCGACACCAUAUGGAACGAGGUGCACUCGUCGGGGGCGGCCCGCCUGGCCGUGGGCUGUGUGGUGGAGCUGGUCUUCAAGGUGGCUACAGGCGAGCUGAAGAAUGGCUUUGCGGUGGUCCGCCCCCCGGGACACCAUGCAGAGGAGAGCACGCCCAUGGGCUUCUGCUACUUCAACUCCGUGGCCGUGGCAGCCAAGCUUCUCCAGCAGAGGUUGAGUGUCAGCAGGAUCCUCAUCGUGGACUGGGACGUGCACCACGGGAACGGGACGCAGCAGGCCUUCUACAGCGACCCCAGCGUGCUGUACAUCUCCCUGCACCGCUACGACGAUGGGAACUUCUUCCCGGGCAGCGGGGCCCCUGAUGAGGUGGGCACAGGACCCGGCGUGGGCUUCAACGUGAACAUGGCCUUCACUGGCGGCCUCGACCCCCCCAUGGGUGACGCCGAGUACCUGACUGCUUUCAGGACAGUGGUCAUGCCAGUUGCUGUCGAGUUUGCGCCGGACGUGGUGCUGGUGUCGUCAGGCUUCGACGCGGUGGAGGGUCACCCCACACCCCUCGGAGGCUACAACCUCUCCGCCAGAUGUUUCGGGUACCUCACGAAGCAGUUGAUGGGCCUGGCCGGCGGCCGCAUCGUCCUGGCCCUGGAAGGUGGCCACGACCUGACGGCCAUCUGUGAUGCCUCAGAAGCCUGCGUCUCUGCCCUGCUGGGGAACGAGCUCGACCCUCUCCCAGAGAAGACUUUACAGCAAAGAUCCAACGCCAACGCCAUCCGGUCCAUGGAGAAGGUCAUCGAGAUCCACAGCAAGUACUGGCGCUCCCUACAGCGCACCGCCUCAACCGUGGGGUACUCGCUGGUGGAGGCCCAGAAGUGCGAGAACGAGGAGGCUGAGACGGUCACCGCCAUGGCCUCACUGUCCGUGGGCGUCAAGUCGGCUGAAAAGAGCAGACCAGACGAGGAACCCAUGGAGGAGGAGCCGCCCCUGUAGCCCUGCUCCGAAGCUGCUGUUCUCUUGUUCGUUUGUCUCUGUCUUGAAGCUCAGCCAGAAAACUUCCUGUGUCUGCCUGCGUUCUGCCGGGUGUUCUCAGAACACGGGGCAGCCAGGUGUGAGCAGCACCAGGAGCCUUUCUGCUGCCCAGACCACAGAUCUCCAGGCGCACAGGCCAAGGUGUGGCCGCUCACUCGGACACGGGACAGACCCACAGGGCGUUCGGCGCCAGCGUGGGGCUCGCCGGGAGAAGGACGCGACGGCAACGUGCGGUGGAGUUGCCCGAUUCAGCUGACACAAGAAAGAGAAAAUCAAAGAUCUAACAAUACAAAACAGACUUGAUUAAAACUGGUGCUUAACGUUUGAUUACUUCCCACAGUUCCACGAUCUCUGUGUAAACCACUCAGCUCAUCUUGUAGCUUGUGUUUUUUUUGAGAACGUUUUCUAGGGCUCCAGCCUGCCCCAGUGAACCACAGCAGGUGCCACGGGGGUUUGCAGCGGGCGGGGGACAGAGCGGACAAACCUUCAAAAUAAAAACUGGACAAAAGCAGAAACAGGAGCCCAGGGGAGUGGCUUUAGUUUCUGGAAGCCAUCGGAAGAUGCGAGCUUGUGCCUUUUUUUUAUUGCUCUGGUGGAUUUUUGUGGCUGGGUUUUCUGAAGUCUGAGGAACAAUGCCUUAAGAAAAAAUAAACGGUGGGAGUCAGCGGGACAUUUGCUCCGGCUGGCAAGGCCCCGAGGCACCCGGCGAGCAGGUGGUGGCCGCGGCGCAGCGCCGAGGGCGGCCACCCGCCAGCGUCUUCAGGAGGGGCGGCGAGCCAGGACGUCCUCAGUUUCCUUUAUCGCUGUUUAAGAGAAGUGGAGGUAGUUGCCAAAAAAAGUGGCAAAUACUGUUGGGGAUUUUGAAGUCCAACAAGUUUUAAACAAAUCCAAAGUGUUCUUUCUCACAUGUCAUAUGACAAUGGAGCAUCUCCCAUUUGGUUGUUAAGCAUGUCCCAGGCGCUCUGCGGUGUUACGGCCAGAAUGCUUUUUAUGAAAAGCAAGUAGCAUGAAGUGUUGCUUAAAUUUUAGGUAUAAAUAAAUAUAUAUAUAUAUGUCUGCAUAUAUAUAUAUAUAUACACACUCACAUGUAUAAUAUAUAUAUAUUCCAAUGUAUUCCAAGCUAAGAAACUUGAUUCUUAUGAAAUCUUGAUAAAAUAUUUAUAAUGCAUUUAUACAAAAAAAAAGUAUAUAUAUAUCUAUAUAUAUAUAUAUAUAUAAGAACUGCAGGUUGUAAAGGUCCCUGGCGAGUGAUCGACUUGUGAAUUAAUUAUAAAGGUGCUUAUGGAAAGGAAUCUAGUUUGAAACUCACAUAUUUUCGAGCUCGAUUGGAUAGCUUUCAGAUCACCGGCACAUUCGCCACCGGGCAGCUACCCUCCAAGUUUGUACUUUCAUUUCAUUGUUUUCUGACAGAACCUGUUCCCUCUCCAAACCUCCACACACAUAUGUAUCUAAUGAGUUUUUAUAGCAAAAGAUAUAAAUUUGCUGUUGAUUUUUGUAUGAAUUUUUCACAAAAAGAUCCUGAAUAAGCGUUGUUUUGUGAAUUUUACAUUCUCCUCACCAUUUGGCGGUUUUCUGAAUGGCAACGACGUCUAAGCCUUUAUUCCUUUCCUAAGUUCUUGCUUGGUGUUUCUUUUUCUUCUUUUAACUUUUCAAGGAUGUGUUUUUUUACUAUUAUUAUUUUGUUUCUGUUUGUUUUCGUACAGCAAGCAGCUUUCCAGGGGUGCACGGAGCUGCUGCGUCCGAGUUUGUUUUCUGAGCGAGCAUCAAAUGAAAAGAGGGGUCGAGGGCCUGGCGUCGCGGUGCCCACGGUUGUGUCUUCCCUGAGUUCUGUCCACGUAAAACCAGAGGGCCCCCCGACCUUUCACCUUAGUAUGACAGGGUGGCGCCGCGUCCCCUCCACAGUCGCGUGGGGUCCCACGUGACAUUUGGAUCCUCUCGGUUGAAGGCCGUGGGACACCGUGGGCAGUCAGCAUACGUGAGUCUCACCUUUAAACACCUCUGACCACAGUCAGCAUAGAACUUUAACUUGGGUUUUCCAAAGACCUUUUAAGCAUGUCAGCAAUGCAUGGAGCCAGAGUGCGAUGGUCACCCGGUCCGGGUUUUUCCGCUGCGGCCACACAGCUGGGGCCCCAUCUGGGAGCCCCCGGCCUGGCGACCCUGGAGGGACAGCACGACCCUGAGCCAGGAGCCGUCUUGCCCUUCUUCCCUUUGAGGGUAACUGGCAGGGCCGUUUUAUUUACUGUAACUUACUUUCCAGCACCUGAAGCCACCGAUUUUACUCCAGAGCGGACUGAGUUGAGACGUGUGGGCGGACGGCCAGGUGUUCACAGACGGGCAGCCAGCACAGUGGCGGGCUUGGUGACGUUUACAGGGUAGUUUCUGACAGAGACACUGACUCACCGGACCACUGACCAGACCAAUGCAGAUUCUCGGGCGUGCCUGGUCCUCGGGAUGCUGUGGGUCAGACACGGGACAGCGGUUACACAGAGGGGAAGGUCUCGAAUGGUUUGGCUUUCUCCCCAAGCUGGCUGCCCUUGGCUCUGAAGCCAGCUCGCCCGUGGCAGCCGUGUUCAGGGUGGCACCAGAGCCCAGCCGGUGGCUCUCAUGGCCUCCUGGCCCCAUCCUAUGCCCACGCCCUCCUCCAGCCAGCAGUGGCUCAGGAGACGCGCCGUCUCCUGUUUCUUGCAGAUGACCACUGUGGGGUGGACACUCGGUCCUCCCAGAGCAAGGUGUCCUCGGGCCGCGGCCAGCGGGCCUUGUUUUCUGCGUCACCCACUCCAGCUCCUCAAAGCCUGCUUGAAGCAUUACCAUGUAGCCUUUUUUCUUUUGAAGAUAACACUUGCCCGUCCCCAGCCGACCUAGCGUCCGCCAUCAGGACCAGCACAGCGGGGUGACCGGCACAGUCUCCCUCCUGGGUCCUGGCACCUGGGACCCUCAGCCUUUUUCUUCCUUUGCAAAGGCCUUCGGGCGCAAAGGGCCUUCGGGGCACUGGCCAGGGAGUCAGCGAGCGAGCACUUUAUACCCCUCCGAGGGACACGCCCGACCCGCCCUGCGGCUGCCCGCUGGGACCGGCGGCCCCUCCGGCCUCCCAGGGCUCCGGUUUGGAAGGGCCACUUUGUCAAAGUGUUUCAGUUUUCUUUCCUUUUUUAAAAAGUCUGUUUCCAGAGGAGGGACCGUCUCCCAACGGCCCAACACAAAAGCAAGUUGAUUUUUGCAGCAGUAGCGGCGGAGUUUCUCGUUGUUGUUACUUUCGAUUGGGACAUUCCUUUUUUAUUAGUCACAGUCACGGCCUCAUUCCAUUCUUCUUUUUGUAGACUUUUGGGCCCACGUGUUUUAUGGGCAUUGAUAUAUAUAUAAAUAUCUAUACAUAAAUAUAUAUGAAUAUAUUUUUUUAAGUUUCCUACACCCGGAGUUUGCAUGGACUGUAGGCCGGCAUGUCUUUAUAUUGUAUACAGAUUUUGCACGCCAAACUUGGCAGCUUUGGGGAAAGAAAAAAAAAUGCCUUCUUUUUCCCCUCUCAUGACAUUUGCAGAUACAAAAGAUGGAACCAUUUCUGUAAAACAAAACCUUGAAGGAGAGCGGGAGGGGGGGAGUUUGCGUCUUAUUGAACUUAUUCUUAAGAAAUUGUACUUUUUAUUGUAAGAAAAAUAAAAAGGACUACUUAAACAUUUGUCAUAUUAAGAAAAAGUUUAUCUAGCACUUGUGACCUACCAAUAAUAGAGUUUAUUGUAUUUAUGUGGAAACAGUGUUUGGGGACUCUGCGCAGAACUCAACGUGAGCUGCCUGUCUCUGAAGAUAACCUGGAGGAACUCCGUUCUGUUUUCAUUUGUUUCAUUUGAUUUCCUUUCCAGGGGCGAGCGGCCCAGCCGAGGCACGGGCAGGCUCGGGAGCCCCCUUUCCGCACAGCGGCGUUGACUUUUUAAUUACUUUUUGAUAAUGUUUGGCUAAGAUUUCACUUUAACUGAGCAGUCCUGGACUGUGAGCACUGUGGUUUAAAAUACUCUGCGUUGAAAGGAAACCAUUUCUUCACUGUACCGGGCGGGGUGCUUCCUCGCACCGUCUUCUGUCUCUGACGUUUGAUUAAAAGUCUCCUAUUGAAAGAAACGGGAACGGAACGUUCUUUUGUCCGGUUGAUGGGUGUUUUGGGGUUGUGCCCAGGUUGUGAGAGUGACAAACAUACAUACAUAAUACGUAUGUACAGGCGUACCUUGGAGAUAGCGCAGGUUCCGUUCCGGCCCAACACAAUAAAGCAAGUCAUAUGAAUUUUUUGGUUUCUCAGUGCAUAUAAAAGUUAUGUUUGCACUGUACUGAGGCCUACUAAGUGUGCAAUAGCAUUAUGGCUAGAAAAACAGUGUACAUGCCUUAAUUUAAAAAUACUUUAUUGCUAGGAAAAGUGCCAGCCAUCAUCUGAGCCUUCAGCAAGUCACAAUCUUUUUGCUGGUGAAGGGUCUUGCCUCCAUGCUGAUGGCUGCUGACUGAUCAAAGUGACGGUGGCUGUGGCAGUUUCUUAAAAUAAGACGACAAUGAAGGUGGCUGCAUUGAUCGACUCUUCUUUUCGUGAAAGAUUUCUCUGUAGCCUGAGGUGCCGUGUGACAGCGUUUUACCCACAGCAGAACUUCUUUCACAAUCGGGGUCCGUCCUCUCAAACCCCGCCACUGCUUUAUCAGCUAAGCUUACGUGAUAUUCUAAAUCCUUUGCUGUCACUUCAGCAGUGUUCACAGCAUCUUCGUCAGGAGUAGAUUCCAUCCCAGGAAACCAGUUUCUUUGCUCAUCCCCAGAGACAACUCCUCUUCUGUUCAAGUUUCAUUGUGAGAUUGCAGCAAUUCAGUCACGUCUUCAGGCUCCACUUCUAAUUCUGGUUCUCUUGCUGUUUCCACCACACCUGCAGUUACUUCCUCCACUGAUGUCUUGAACCCCUCACAGCCAUCCGUGAGGGCUGGAAUCAACUGCUUUUGACCUCUUCCCAUGAAUCAUGAAUGUUCUUAAUGGCAUCUAGCAUGGCGAAUCCUUUCCAGGUUUUCAAUGAACUUUGCCCAGAUCCAUCAGAGGAAUCGCUAUCUAUGGCAGCUAUAACCCAUGGCAGCUGUAGCCUUAUGAAAUGUAUUUCUUAAGUAAUAAGCCUUGAAUGUCGAAAUUACUCCUUGAUCCAUGGGCUGCAGGAUGGAUGUUGUGUUAGCAGGCACGAAAACAACGUUAGUCUCCAUGUACAUCUCCGUCAGAGCUCUUGGGUGACCAAGUGCAUUGUCAACGAGCAGUCAUAUUUUGAAAGGAAUCUUUUUUUUUUUUUUUGAGCAGUAAGCCUCAACAGCGGGCUUAAAAUAUUCAGUAAACCAUGUUGUAAACAGAUGUGCUGUCAUCCAGGCGUUGUUGUUCCAUUUAUAGAGCAGAGUCAGAGUAGAUUUAGCAUAUUUCUUAAGGGCCCUAGGAUUUUCAUUGGCUUCAACUUUAAGUCGCCAGCUGCAUUAGCCCCUAACAAGAGACUCAGCCUGUCCUUUGAAGCCAAGCAUUGACUUCUCCCUAGCUACCGAAGUCCCAGAUGGUAUCUUCUUCCAGUGUAACACUGUUCCGUCUACGCGGAAAACCUGCUGUUUAGUGUGGCCACCUUCGUCAGCUGCCUUAGCUGGAUUUUCGGGAUAACUGGCUGCAGCGUCUGCACCGGCACGUGCUGCUUCACCUUGCACUUCUACGUUAUGGAGACGGCUUCUUUCCUUAAACCUCGUGAACCAACCUCUGCUGGCUUCAGACUUCUUCUGCAGCUUCCUCACCUCUCUCGGCCUUCACAGAAUUGAAGAGAGCGAGGGCCUUGCUCCAGAUUAGGCUUUGGCUUAAGGGAAUGUAGUGGCUGGUCUAAUCUAUCCAGACCACUAAAACCUUCUCUCAGCAGUAAGGCCUCUCCGCUUUCUUAUUGUUGAGUUCACGGAAGCAGCACUUUUAAUUUCCUUCAAGAACUUUUCGUUUGUAUUCACAGCUUGGCUGUUUAGCACAAGAGGCCUAGCUUUCAGCCUACCUCAGCUUUUGACCUGCCUUCCUCGCUAAGCUUAAUAAUUUCUAGCUUUCGAUUUAAAAUGAAAGACGUGUGACUCUUCCUUUCACUUGAACACUUAAAGGCCAUUGUAGGAUUAUUACUUGACCUAAUUUCAAUGUUGUCCUGUCUCAGGGAAUAGGGAGGCCCAAGGAGAAGGAGAGAGACGGGGAACGGCCCGUCCCUCGAGUAGUCAGAAUACACACAUUUGCCCAUUAAGUUAACCAUCUUAUGUGGGACAGUUUCUGGUACCCCAAAACAAUUACAAUAGUAACAUCAAAGAUCACGGAUCACAGAUCACCAUAACAGAUAUAAUAAUAAUGAGAAAGUGUGAAAUAUUGCGAGAAUUACCAAAUAUGACACAGACACGAAGUGAGCACACGCUGCUGGAAAAAUGGCGCUAAUAGACUUGCUGACACAGGGUUUCCACGAACCUUCUAUCUGUAAACAUAGUGUUUGCAAAACGCAAUUAAAAAAAAAAAAUGAAGCACAAUAAAAUGAGGUAUGCCUGUAUUUAAAAGGAGGGCCAAGGUAUGGUUUGCCCUGGGGCUUGGGGCAGAGCUGCAGUACACAUGGCAGGAAC